AUGAUAGCACUUGAUUAUACCUGUGAAACCAUGCUCAUAAGAGCUGGUGCUAAAAGCUCCGGUCACUGGUGGCAACUCUCUUCAGCCGAAGGAUCGCUGGAUCUCCGACCGAUAAACGACGACACCAUGCGCCCUCUGGGAACCAUCUCUUCCGAACGCGACUUGAGGAAAA